AUCUUACAUACUGGAGGAAUCCUCUGUUAACGGAGUGCCAGUCUCCUCUUACGUUUCCGUCAGUGCUGAUAGUGGAGUCAUCAAUGCAGUUCGCUCUUUUGAUUAUGAGCAGAUCAAAGACUUCAAGCUUCUGCUGUCAAAGCACAGGAUGGAGGCUCUCCUCCACUCAGCAGUAAUGCCUACUGUGAAAAUCGUUAUCCAGGAUCCAGAAUGAUAAUCCUCCUCAGGUUCUGUAUCCAGUCCAGACUGGUGGCUCCAUGGUGGCUGAAAUGGUUCCUCGUUCAGCAGAUGUGGGCUACCUGGUGACUAAAGUGGUGGCUGUGGAUGUGGACUCUGGACAGAAUGCCUGGCUCUCCUAUAAACUACAGAAAGCCACAGACAGAGCGCUGUUUGAAGUGGGCUUACAGAAUGGAGAAAUAAGAACUAUCCGUCAGGUGACUGAUAAAGAUGCUGUGAAACAAAGACUGACUGUCGUAGUGGAGGACAACGGGCAGCCCUCUCGUUCAGCUACAGUCAUUGUUAACGUGGCGGUGGCGGACAGCUUCCCUGAAGUGUUGUCGGAGUUCAGUGACUUUCCACACGAAUAAGGAAUACAAUGACAA